UUUUUUUUGCAAUUACGAGUUUCGAUCUAUAAUCCACUGCUUCGCAUACUCCCUUCAUCAGAUCCACCCUUUCCCUCUCGAACUCUCUGUGUAAUAAUAUACUGUUUAAUUGCUGUACUGGAAUUUCCCGAAGAGAUUUGAUCGGGUCGUGCCUGGAAAGAUGCUGAAAUUCCUGAAAGGUGUGGUGGGCGGAUCGGGUGCGGGCCUCAAAGAUCUGCCAUACAACAUCGGCGAGCCUUACUCCUCUGCUUGGGGCUCCUGGGUUCACUGCCGUGGCACCUCCAAGGACGAUGGGACUCCUGUAUCAAUAUUUUCUCUUUCAGGAAGCAAUGCAAAUGAUGGUCAUUUAGUUGCUGGUCGCAAUGGUGUCAAGCGCCUUCGAACAGUUAGGCAUCCAAAUAUUUUGUCGUUUCUUUACAGUACUGAGGCAGAAACUUUUGAUGGUUCAAACACAAAGGUUACAAUCUACAUUGUCACAGAGCCUGUUAUGCCUCUGUCUGAAAAGAUUAAGGAAUUGGGAUUAGAAGGCAGCCAAAGGGAUGAGUAUUAUGCAUGGGGACUGCACCGGAUAGCUAAAGCUGUGAGCUUCCUAAAUAAUGAUUGUAAAUUGGUUCAUGGUAAUGUUUGUAUGGCUAGUGUUGUUGUCACUCAAACUUUGGACUGGAAAUUACAUGCAUUUGACGUUCUGUCUGAGUUUGAUGGAAACAAUGAAGCUUCGGCAGGGCCAAUGCUGCAAUAUGAAUGGCUUAUUGGUUCACAAUACAAACCAAUGGAGUUGUCAAAAUCUGACUGGACAGCUAUCAGAAAAUCUCCACCUUGGGCUAUUGAUUCUUGGGGUCUGGGCUGUCUUAUUUAUGAACUCUUCUCUGGUAUGAAGUUGAGCAAAACUGAGGAGCUGCGCAAUACUGCUAGCAUUCCAAAGUCUCUACUUCCAGAUUAUCAGCGUCUCUUGAGUUCUAUGCCUUCUCGCAGGUUGAAUUCAUCAAAGCUUCUGGAGAAUAGUGAAUAUUUUCAAAAUAAGUUGGUGGAGACUAUACACUUUAUGGAAAUUCUUAAUUUGAAAGACAGUGUUGAAAAGGAUACUUUUUUCCGUAAGCUUCCGAAUCUUGCCGAGCAGCUUCCUCGUCAAAUAGUGCUGAAAAAGUUGCUUCCCUUACUAGCAUCCGCCUUAGAAUUUGGUUCAGCUGCUGCACCUGCUUUGACAGCAUUGUUGAAAAUGGGUUCUUGGCUUUCAACAGAAGAUUUUAGCCUCAAGGUAUUACCAACAGUUGUCAAACUUUUUGCAUCAAACGAUCGUGCUAUUCGAGUUGGUCUUCUGCAUCAUAUUGAUCAAUUUGGCGAGUCGUUAUCCUCGCAAGUUGUUGAUGAACAGGUUUACCCUCAUGUUGCUACCGGGUUUUCCGACACAUCUGCUUUUCUACGGGAAUUGACACUCAAAUCCAUGCUCGUUCUUGCUCCUAAGUUGUCUCAGCGCACUAUAUCAGGGUCAUUAUUGAAAUUCCUUUCAAAACUGCAGGUUGAUGAAGAACCAGCAAUUAGAACAAAUACUACCAUAUUGCUCGGAAAUAUUGCAAGCUACCUUAACGACGGGAUGAGGAAAAGAGUUCUGAUAAAUGCAUUUACAGUUCGAGCUUUGCGUGAUACAUUCUCUCCUGCCCGAGGAGCAGGUAUUAUGGCUUUAUGUGCCACUAGUUCUUACUAUGACGUUACUGAGAUUGCAACUCGAAUUCUACCAAAUGUUGUUGUACUCACCAUUGAUCCCGACAGGUAUUCCUUUUAUAUAAGACAUUCUUGGACAUCUUUUCAUGUUUUCCCUUUCAUAUAUAAAACAAUUACCAGCGAUGUGCUUACUGAAAAUAAUGGUGGCUGCCCUCAUUACAAUCUUAUUCCUUUUCGUGAUAACUAUAAUUCCACAUGUGAGAACGUCUUUUUAACUUCUUUAUGGGCCAUGAGCUCUUUGACUAUGAAAGGUGGCAAACCUUCCGAGCCAAGUGCUCUUGCUCCAACGAGUGCAACUGCACCUAUUGCUUCUUCCAUCUCCAAUGCCAGCUCCGAGUUGGAUGGUGCACAUCUACCGGCAGUCCAUAAUUCCCUAACAGAUUUAACUGAUCAACCUGCACCUGUGUCCCCUACCUCAUCAACUGAUGGAUGGGGAGAACUUGAAAAUGGCAUCCAUGUAGAUGAUGAAGGUGAAAAAGAUGGUUGGGAUGACAUUGAGCCACUAGAAGCAUCAAACCUGCCUUCAGCUCUUGCAAAUAUCCAAGCUGCCCAAAAGCGGCCCGUCUCACAGCCAAAACCACAAGUUACGAGUUCAAGAACAAAAAGCACAUUAAAGACGAGUAAAGAUGAUGACAAUGACUUAUGGGGUUCAACAGCCAACCCUGCUCCAAAAUCCUCGUCACAACCUUCGAAAGCAAAAACGAGCAUAGCUGAUGACGAUGACCCUUGGGGUGCUAUCUCUGCCCCAGUUCCGAAAUCAUCAUCAAAGCCUAUGAAUCUGAAAUCUGGUGGAUCAGCUGAUGAAGACCUAUGGGCUUCAAUUGCAGCACCUCCACCUACAACAGGAUCGAAGCCCUUAUCCGGGCGAGGCAGAGGCUCUAAACCUGCUGCUCCGAAACUGGGUGCUCAAAGGAUAAACAGAACAUCAUCUGGGAUGUAAUUUAGAGGCAAAACAUGGCAUAGAAUUUUGGAAAUUUAUUCUGUAAAUUUUUUCAUCUUGCGACUUUUUGAAUUAUAAUGAUCUAAUAUCUCUCGGUGUGCUGUUUUUUCUUUUAAAAUACCGCAUGUGGGCUGUGAUAAUAUUGUUUUGAUCAAAUAGUUAUUCUUUCUGCUCUGUAAAAACUAACAUUUUUUUUUUAAUCUAAGGGGUUCAGUUAAUUGAACA